AUGUUUGCUUUAAAAAAUCUUUUUUACAUUGUUAUAGUAUCCUUCAUUUGGGGUACAAGUAAUCCAUUUAUAAGAAAAGGGGCACUUCACAGACGAUGUAAUAGUAUUAAAUUAUCAAGAGAAGAAGAAAGAAAUGUAUUUUUAAGAUAUGCCGUUGAUGGAAUAAAUUUUAUUCUUAAUUGGCGUUUCUCUCUCCCAUUCAUGAUAAAUCAACUUGGUUCAAUAUUGUAUAAUAUAUUGUUAACAUCAAUGCCUGUAACAAUAGUGGUUCCUGUUGUCAAUUCAUUAACCUUCUUCUGGACGGCUUUUGUUGGUGGGUAUGUAGAUGGAACAAAGUUAACAUAUAAACAAUGGAUUGGUGUAUUAGUUCUUUUUUUGGGAAAUUUUAUUAUAACAUGUAUAGAAAGAAACAAGAUAUAA